CUGAUGUGCAGUGUGCGACGCCAUUGCCAUGCUUGUGUAGUUCCAUGCCAUGCAUGUGCGGUCGGAUGUCGCAUGUCGGAUGUGAGGUGGUGCGCACCGGAGUGUCGGGGGGGAUGUGGCGGGCCCAUGUCGCAGGCCCUGCGCCGACAUGACGGGCAUCUGCAGGUUCGUGGUCCUCGUCCACUCAUCAGGCCAUCGACCACAUCAACCGCCACCCGCCCAGCGCCGUGCUGCAGUCCCCCCCAGGCCGAACCGCCUCGCACACGAUGGCCACACCCCGCAGAGCCAGGAAGGACUUUGAUUUGACCCAGUCCGACCUCAUCCAGCAUAAGCUCACUCCAACCCAGCGGAAACAAAGAAAGGAAAACGCCGACCGGUACACUGCAGCUCAUCGCCGAUCCGAGAGCAGCGAUCUCCCCAAGUCUGCCCGGAGAACAUCUCUCCACACACCCCGUGACAGCGACGAUGAGGAAGCGGCCCUCGAGGUCCUGCGUGCCGACGUCCCAGGAUCGUCAAUACCCAAGUGGGGGCUUUACUCGGAGAUCGAUUUUGACAAGGAAGUCGCCAACUGGGAGCGUCUACGGCGCCGAUCUCAUCCUCGGUCUGUCUCGGGUCCAGUCCGGACAACAGACGAAACCAGUCCGCCUUCUCGACAUACGCGAAUGAGCUCGUCUUCGGGACCAGCCUCACCAUCGUACAAUCCCGAGCCCCGCGUGCAGCAACCAUGGCAGAAGCUCAAGACAGCGGCUGCUCACCAGACCUGCCUUGAUCCUGAACUGGCCUCUGAAGUGGGAACAGGACUGCAGUUCAUGAAUAGCACCAUGGAGAACUAUAUCUAUGGAUUCAAUACUCAGAACGGCGAUGGCGCUGAUACCCGUGGCAUUGAGGCUCUCGUCCAUCAGUCAAAACGAGCGAUUGGCCUGCUGACCAAGUUUGUGGAUAAGGCAGCGCAAGACCACGCAGCUCAACAACAACGAAUCCAGGAGCUGGAGGAAAAACUGGAGCAUUCCGAUCGACAUGCCCGGGGAAUGGAAAAGCGACUCCAUCUUGCGCUGGAUGAGAUAGCAUCAAUGAAUGUCCAGCUGAUGGAGCUCAAGCUGAUCUGCAAGUUCAAUGCAAAAUACUCAAACUGAAGCCAAAGCCAAAUCCUGCGACUCGUCCUCCACUUAUCCGCCU